UAUCCAACAGCAGGAGAAACCUACAGAGCCAGAAGAGACAGCUUUUACUGAAGAGGACUUUAAGAAGUUUGAACAGGAAUAUAUCCAGUAAUCAUCAAUCGUGACAUUAAAUGAAAAAAUAAAGCAACAAAAAAAGUAAAAUAAAGAUGCAGUGGUUUGUCGUCGGCAUAUCUGGUGCGACUUGUAGCGGAAAAAGCACAUUAGCUAAAAUGAUUCGCGACAAUUUUCCAAAAUCUGUUAUAGUGAGUCAAGAUGAUUAUUUUUUGCCAGCGGACGAUCCGCGUCACAUUAUGAUACAGGAAUUAAAUCAUUUAAAUUGGGACCUGAUAACGAGUCUGGAUAUGCAGAGAAUGCAUUCCGAUAUUAUAAAGAUACUUGAGUCCCAUGAAAAUGGUAUUUUGAAGAAAAAGGUACUGAUACUGGAUGGAUUUUUACUCUUCCGACACAAAGAAAUUACAGAUUUAUGUGAUCGUAAAUAUUUCUUAACGUUGACAAAGGAACAAUGUUGGGAACGAAGAAAAAAUCGUAAAUACGAUCCGCCCGAUGUACCGGGAUAUUUCGAGAAGGUAGUGUGGCCCGAAUAUAUAAAAUAUAAAAAUGAAAUUAUGGAAAAGAGCGAGUUGCGUGAAACUAUAACGUUCAUCGAUGGAUCUAAGGACAUAAGACAAAUUUAUAACAUGGUUUCUCAGGAAAUCAAACAGUUGUUAUCUUGAAACAGUACCCAUCGAUGCUUUAUAACUUUAAAUUAAAUAAAUAUUAUUAAUUUAAAACAA